GGGUAGCGGAUCUCUGUCACCUGAACCAUGGGGCCCUCUGCUGCCGCAACGCCGCCGCCGGAGUCUGCAGGCUCCUCCAUCAGAGCUGUAAACAUCCGUCAGAGACACGCGAUGAGAUGCAGGAAGCGUUUGAUGACAGUUGCGCAGAGGGGAGGAGUUUCAGGAACGUAGCGUCAGACCACUGUCACAUGAUCGAUACGUCACAGCAGACUCGAGCCCAUGUGAACUCACAGCGCCAGAGUGCGUGAUCUUGAAGCACGAGGAAGUGUCAGCGAGAGCGAACACUUGACCGAACCGAGUCACUCAUGCGAUCAUCAUCCCGAGCGGACAGUAGACAUGGCGGGAGAGACAUUCACAUCGCUAAGGUUGUGUCGUCAUCAUCUGGCUCUGUUACGGAGAUGUACUCGCUUCAAAAGUCCCCAAGUGCUCGACCAAAGGGCUUUCUCAUCAACGAGAGUUGUAAACAGUCACAGGUUCUUUAGGAAGCUGUUGACUGGCCUGUCAGUGGGCGUUCCUCUUGUAGUUGGGGUGCGAUAUGUGGUCUCUGAGCCCAGAGAGAGGAGGAAGAUAAUGAUACUAGCAGAGGGAGUUGGGCGCUUCUGCAGGUCUCUGUAUGUUGGGCUCAUGAUAUCAGCAGAUUACUGGUGGACAUCCAACAUUGCUCUGCGUGGCAUGGAUGAGAGCAGUCCGGAGUAUGCAAAGAUCAUAUCAGCGUGUCAUCAGAGAGCAGCCAGUAGCAUGGUAGAAGGAGCCAUUCAGAACGGAGGGCUGUAUAUUAAGCUGGGACAGGGCCUGUGUGCGUUCAACCAUCUUCUACCUCCAGAGUACACCCAUACACUGCAUGUGCUGGAGGACAAAGCUCUCAAUAGGAGAUACAAAGAGGUAGAUUCUUUAUUCCAGGAGGACUUCAACAUGACUCCAGAUCAGAUGUUCAGGACGUUUGACCAUGAGCCUGUGGCUGCUGCAAGCUUGGCCCAAGUUCACAAAGCAGAGCUGCAUGAUGGGACACCUGUGGCUGUAAAGGUGCAAUAUAUUGAUCUCAGGGAUCGUUUCGAUGGUGAUAUCAGGACUCUGGAGAUUCUCCUGGACAUAAUAAAGUUUAUGCACCCUAGCUUCGGUUUCCGCUGGGUCUUACAGGACUUGAAAGGAACAUUAGCUCAAGAGCUGGAUUUUGAGAAUGAAGGCAGGAAUUCUGAACGCUGUGCAGUAGAGCUGAAACAUUUUAAGUUUGUUGUUGUGCCCAAGGUGUUCUGGGACCUGACCAGCAAGAGGGUCCUUACAGCAGAGUUCUGCGAAGGAUGCAAAAUCAGCAACAUUGAGGCGAUUCAGCGCCAAGGCUUGAGUCUGAAAGAUACAGCUGAUAAACUCAUCCGCAUAUUUGCAGAGCAAGUCUUUUACACUGGCUUUAUUCAUGCUGACCCACAUCCAGGAAAUGUGCUGGUAAGAAGAGGUCCAGAUAAAAAAGCUGAGUUGGUUUUGCUGGAUCAUGGACUGUAUGAAUAUCUUAGUAAAAGUGACAGAGCAGCUUUGUGUCAGCUGUGGCGAUCUAUAAUCCUGCGGGAUGAAGCCGGCAUGAAGAGAUAUGCAAAUGAGCUCGGGGUCAAAGAACACUUCCUGUUUUGUGAGAUGCUCCUACAGCGGCCAAUCAACAUGUGGGAGUUGGGCCUGGGUAACAUCCUGACCCGAGAGGAGACGUCCUACAUGCGUGACAUGGCAAUGAAUCGCUUUGAUAGCAUCAUGCAGGUGUUGAAGUCUAUGCCUCGGCCCAUGCUGCUUGUGUUCAGAAACAUUAACACUGUGCGCUGUAUCAACAUCACUCUGGGAGCCCCAGUCGAUCGAUACUUUAUCAUGGCCAAGUGUGCAGUGAGAGGAUGGAGCAGAAUGCAGGCCAGAGACACCAGGCUGCUAUCGAGACUGUCCGUCUUCCGCUGGGUCUGGUCCUUCUGGGAGAGUUUUAAGUUUGAAUUUGCUUUGAGGUCAGAGAUGGCACUCACGAGUGUCACUCGCUGUCUGCUUCAGCUGCUGUCUUACUGCGGUGUCAUCACAUUGGACCAGGAUGUGUAUCAGUAUCUGAAAUGAACCGUCAGUGACCACAUACCUCAUCAUGACUCUUUCUUUCCAGUAUUUCAGCACAAGUGUCUCUGAACCUGGUUUAUUGAUACUCUUCAGACCACUGUAGCUUUACACAAGGUGCUCUUCUGUCUUAUAAUGUCUUUAUGUACUAUAUAUCCCACGCUUGGACUGACAGGAACCUUUCUCUAUUUCCCACCAUCCAUCUGUGCAAAGAUCAUGUGGCAAACUGCAUUACACACAGAGCAGAUUUUUCUUCAGAAGACUUUUACAGUGUGGUUUAUCAGAGAUGCUGUUGAAGUACAGCUGAGUUCUUAUUUCAUUCAAGAAGCAGGGAGACCUACAUUAGUUGCUUGUGUAGUCCUUUGUUUCAAACACUGGAAUAAUUAAUAGUAAUAAAAAAAUAUUUAAUGCUGGCAAAAAAGAUCGAUGUUAACAUGGUAAAGAAGAAACACAAGCAUCAUAAAGGUAAAAGGUUUCGCUUAAGCCAUUUUACUUCGAGUUUAGCAAUUUCAGUAAACAAACUACAUUCAUAUCACAAAGAUAAUGAUAGAAAAUUUUGAAACCAAAAUUAUUCAAAGAAUUGUGCCAUUUUGGAUUGUAUGCAGUUGAGGUAUAGCUGUAAGUUUUUAAUCGUUGAAUUUGUGAAAGUUUGUAACUCACAUUAUCUGAAAUGCAGGAGCCAUUCUUUUUCAAAUUGGGUGCAUAAUCUGCAAUAAGUGAGAAGAUAUUUUCAAUAUAAUCAUUUUAAGUGUUAUUUUCUUUUCUUCUUUGUUAAAUGUAAUUUUCCAGAAUCUCACUGAAAACGCUGGUUUCAUAUUACCUGGAGUUUUUAAUACAGUUCAAAAGAAGGUUGAAAAAAGUUGUAAUCUUUUAUUCACCCUCAUGUUGUUCCAAACCUGACUUUUUUUCUUUUGCGAAACACAGAAAUUAAGCCUUUUAACUGACUGAGAUGAUGUGUUUCUGCAUUAUUUAGAAACGUAAAUCUAGCAAACUAUAUAUAUAUAUAUAUAUAUAUAUAUAUACAUAUACAGUCAUGAGAAAAAUAAAUUACACCCAUAAUAAAAAUCAUCUGGUCCUUAGCAGGUCUUAAAAUUAGGUAAAUACAACCUCAAAUGAACAACACCACAUGACAUGAUUUAUUUAUCAAAAAUAAAGCUAAAAUGGAGAAGCCAUGUGUGAAAAACUAAGUACACCCUUACUGCUUCCAUAGGAAUUAAGAGGCUAAGUAGUAGCCAGGUGCUGCUAAUCAAAUGCCCUUGAUUAAUUGAUCAUCAGCAAAUGUGACCACCUCUAUAAAAGCUGAAGUUUUAGCAGUUUGCUGGUCUGGAGCAUUCAGGUGUGUGUUAACACAAUGCCAAGGAGGAAAGACAUCAGCAAUGAUCUUAGAGAAGCAAUUGUUGCUGCCGAUCAGUCUGGGAAGGUUUAUAAGGCCAUUUCCAAACAAUUUCAAGUCCAUCAUUCUACAGUGAGAAAGAUUAUUCUGGAAACCAUUCAAGUGGAAAACAUUCAAGACAGUUGCCAGUCUUACCAGGAGUGGACAUCCCAGCAAAUUCACCCCAAGGUCAGACUGUGCAAUGCUCAGAGAAACUGCAGAAAAAACCAAGAGUUACAUCUCAGACUCUACAGGCCUCAGUUAGCAUAUUAAAUGUUAAAGUUCAUGACAGUACAAUUAGAAAAAGACUGAACAAGUAUGGUUUUUUUGGAAGGGUUGCCAGGAGAAAGCCCCUUCUCUCUAAAAAGAACAUGGCAGCAUGGCUUAUGUUUGCAAAGUUGCAUCUGAACAAACCACAAGACUUCUGGAACAAUGUCCUUUGGACAAACAAGACCGAAGUGGAGAUGUUUGGCCAUAAUGCACAGUGCCACGUUUGGUGAAAACUAAACCCAGCAUAUCAGCACAAACACCUCAUACCAACUGUCAAGCACGGUGGUGAUGGGGUGAUGAUUUGGGCUCGUUUUGCAGCCACAGGACCUGGGCACCUUGCAGUCAUUGAGUCAACCAUGAACUCCUCUGUAUACCAAAGUAUUCUAGAGUCAAAUGUGAGGCCAUCUGUCCGACAGCUAAAGCUUGGCCGAAAUUGGGUCAUGCAACAGGACAAUGAUCCCAAGCACACCAGCAAAUCUACAACAGAAUGGCUGAAAAAGAAAAGAAUCAAGGUGUUGCAAUGGCCCAGUCAAAGUCCAGACCUCAACCCGAUUGAAAUGCUGUGGCGGGACCUUAAGAGAGCUGUGCAUAAACAAAUGCCUGCAAACCUCAAUGAACAGAAGCAACGUUGUAAAGAAGAGUGGGUCAAAAUUCCUCCAAAACGACGUAAGAGACUGAUAAAGUCAUACCGAAAACAAUUACUUGAAGUUAUUGAUGCUAAAGGUCGUUAUACAAGCUAUUGAAUCAUAAGGUGUAUAUUUUGCAAAUUAACAUUAACCAAUCCAGUUUUACAAAAUAUGUAUAUGCUAAAACUAAUGCAUAAUGAACAAGAUUAAUGGUGUUUAAAAUAUUGUUCAUUAUUAGUUCAUGAUGUGUUAACCAAUUAAUCGCAUGUCAGUAUUUCCUGAGAAAGGCCCCCAAAUAAAGAAUCCAAAUGUAAAUAAUACAAAAUUCGAAUAAUUAUAAAUACAUAAUUCAGAUAAAAAUUUAAUGCAUUGUUGUGGCAGACGAGUGAAGCACUGAUUAGUCAACACAAAAAGUAGCUUUAAACAGUAUAUUGUUUGUUUAAUUCCCAUAUCAAUGAACAUAAUCCUACAGUCGACAGCAGUCCAUUUUGCAAUUGAGUACAUCAAUCUGUCUUGCUCUCACAGGACUCUUUUUAAUUGUCGGCUUAUAUACAUAUGAGUCGGACGUUUUUGGAGCAUCUCUCUGGUGUUCGCCGUGUCAAGUUAAAAGUGGUUGAAACUUUGAAACAUGUCUCAAGCCCCCUGUAUUCUGUUGUGCUUCAUCCAGCUGUCAAGAACGCAUCCUGUGUGACCAGCUCUCAUUCUGUGGCUGCGCUGCCA